AUAACCCUUGUCGAGCCGAAUAUUGCAAGUGAAGACCCCCUCAAGUCGAAUUUUUGACUGGAGAAAUGGGAAUAUAUUUAGAUACCUGAGACCUGAGACAACCUUUCACCUUUCAAAAUGGCAGAGAAAGAACAAGGAGUUGUGACUGAAAUCUCUACAGCAUGGAGCGGAUUACAAGAAAGAUGGACGUUAAGGUUGCGCCGCUAAUCAGCUCCUCGCCGUGUGCCCAUUGAGAUCCCAGCGAUGAGAAGACUCGUCUUCUUUCUCUUGUUUUGUGGCGUCGCCUCGCAAGAUCUGGCAGGAAUUCCUCGAUUCGAACUCGGCACCGGACUGAUUGUCAAAGAGCCAAUAAAUGGGAGCGUAACUAAGCUACAUUUAAACUCUGGGAUGGGUCAGCGUCUUCGGCGGAAGAGGAGCUGGCUGUGGAACCAGUUCUUCGUGAUAGAGGAGUACAGAGGCCCUGAACCGGUGCUCAUCGGACGGCUGCACACGGACAUGGACCGAGGCGACGGGAGAACCAAGUACACGCUGGAGGGCGAAGGAGUUGGCUCGGUGUUUGUCAUCGACAGCAACACGGGCAACAUCCACGUCACAAAGUCUCUGGACCGCGAGGAGAAGGACCAGUACCGCCUGACCGCCACCGCCACCGACAGGCAGACUGGUCGCGCGCUGGAGCCUUCCUCGCAGUUCAUCAUACGAGUGCAGGACAUCAACGAUAACCCGCCAGUCUUCCCCGGAGAGCCUUACAUCGCCACAGUGCCAGAAAUGGCCAACAUAGGCACGUCAGUCAUCCAAGUGACGGCCAAGGACGCCGAUGACCCCACGUACGGAAACAGCGCCCAGCUAGUCUACGCCAUCACCGAAGGACAAGAUUAUUUCUCCGUUGAUCCUCAGACAGGCGUGCUGCGGACCGCCAUGCCCAACAUGGAUCGCGAGACCCAGGAGGAAUACGUGGUGGUGCUCCAGGCGCGAGAUAUGGGGGGGCACCUCGGGGGCCUGUCUGGGACCACCACCGUAACCGUCAGGCUGAGUGACGUCAACGACAAUCCUCCUCACUUUAGACGCAGUGCGUGGUCAUUUUCCGUGUCGGAGUUGGCAGCCCCGGGUGUCGAAGUGGGUCGCCUCACCGCCACGGACGCAGACGUGGGCGACAACGCACUGCUGGAGUUCACCAUCAUGGACGCCGAGGAGGCGCAGACGUUCAACGUGAGCGCCAGGGAGCGAGAAGCUAUCAUCGUGCUAAACAAAUUGCUCGACUACGAAACUCGCAAUUCGUACUCCUUCACCGUGGAGGUGGCCAACCCCCUGGUGGACCCCCGCUACCUGAAGUUGGGUCCCUUCAAGGACCAGGCCAUGGUCCGGGUCAUGGUCCUGAACGCGGACGAGCCCCCUCGCUUCUCCCAGACCUGGUACCAUCUAGACGUCUCGGAGAACUGCCCGCCCGUCUGCUCGGUUGGCCGCGUGCACGCCGUGGAUCCCGACACAGGGCAGAGCAGCAACAUCAGGUACUCCAUCGAUCCUCAGUCGGACCCCGAGGCUCUUUUCCGCAUCGCUUCCGACACGGGAUUCAUCAGCACGGUGAUGGAGCUCGACCGAGAGCAGGAGCAGUGGCACAACAUCACUGUCAUCGCCACACAGAGAGACAACCCCAAUCUCGUGUCGAGGGUGGUGGUUGCCAUAGAAACGCUGGACCAGAAUGAUAAUGCGCCGGAGUUGGACAGGCAGUACACCACGUCGGUUUGUGACUCCACCGCCCCGGGACAGGUGGUUCAGGUCCUACGCGCAGUCGACAGAGACCCGGGAUGGCAGGACGCUCCGGUCCACUUCAGCAUCGCGCCCGAAUCCAGCUCUGCCCUCAACCUAUCCAUCAAGGACAGCGGCGGCGCCACGGCUAGCCUGGUGCUGCAGUCGCCCUUAGAGCCGGCGCCCGGCUACUCGUCCUCCUUAGUCAGCCUCUACGUGCCCGUGGUUCUACGAGACGGCGCCUCGGGCCUGGCCAACACGGCCACGGUCACCGUGACCGUCUGCCCGUGCCUGCGGGGCGGCAUGCGGACUGAGGAGCGCAGCCCCCGGACGCGGGGCCGGCGUUGGGAGCGGCGUGCCGUGUGCCGCCCGUCGCCCUCCGCGUCACCGUCAGUCGUCUUCACGUUAGUUAUCUUGAUGGCGGCGCUGGCCUGUGUUACCACAUUGCUGGUGGUGUGCGCGCUGUCUCUGUCACUCCGGCGUCAGAAACGGGAUGCCCACUCAUCCUCCGACGACGACGACAUCCGGGAGAACAUCAUCUCCUACGACGACGAAGGGGGAGGGGAGGCGGACACGGCCGCUUUUGAUAUGGCGGCGCUGCAGAGCAUGCACAGGAUCCAGCAUGCGCACAGGAACAUAUGGUACACACAGCAGAGCGCGCCGACCCCCCGGGUCAGGACGUACAGCGUGACCCCGAAUCCCCACCCGGGCCCCGAGCCCGACCGGCGUCCGGGGUCGGCGCCGCUCUAUGGGCGGCUGUGCUACGGUGUCCACACGCUGCCCGUCCUUCGGGAUUAUUACUACCAAGCCGGACCGAUGCAGGCCGGCGUGCGGCUGCCUCUAGCGGCCAAGCGCCAAGUUGCAGCCCCUCCUGUCGUCGGUCACCAGCCGGUCCAGCAGCUCCCUCCCGAGGUCGGACGAGCGAGGGUGUUGGCGACCCAAACCCUGAGCAGGUUGAUGGGCAGGAGCGAAGAUGGAACAAAGAUAAAUGUCGACGCAAAUAACCAGGACUGUGUUAAGAUAGACCCUGCAGAGGUCCAGUCCGCUCCAAUCAGCGGUCCAGCUAGUCUGAGCUGCUCCGACCCUACCGGUUCCUCCUGCCAGAGUCCCAGCAGCUCGUCGGCCAACCAGACUCUGAUCAGCACCGGCGCCACCAGCUGCACCGUGGAGGACGCCGACACCGACUGUUCGCUUCCCUCCAUGUCCGAGCGGAGUUACCCCAACGCCAAGCUUCCCGUUUUCCCCAUGACGGACACGUACAGCAUCGUGGGCUCGCUGAACGGAACUGCAAACGCGACCGUUCUGCCGCGCGCCAGGACGAUACCAGUCGACCAACAGCCGUUACGGAUGGAGGACCUGCUCAACUUCCGUCUGAAUCGGGUGACGUCCGAUCCGUCGCAGCCGCCGUACGACUCGCUGCAGACUUACGAAUUUGAGGGCCGCGACUCCCGGGCCGAGUCGCUGAGCUCGCUGGAGAGCGAGGACGGGAAGGAUGAUGACCGGGACAAAGACGGGAAGGAACCCGCGGCGGGAGGAAUGGAGGAGCUUAACGUCAAGUUCCAGCGUUUGGUGGAGCUCAUCAGGGAAAGAAAGAGCAGGAAGGAACCGGAGGCAGGAGAGCCUCAGGCUCAGAUCGUCCAGGUUCAACCUCAGAGUGGCCAGGUUCAAGAGAAGGUGGUUCAGAAGUGGGACUUUUAAGGGAAAGGAUUUGCCAUUUCCGGUCCUAGGACACACUGGAGGGAUUGUGGUCCUGAUUUACUAAAUUCAAUGUUGGUGGACAGGACAUGAUGCCAAAUAGCAGUUAUUUAGCAGAAUUCAAUGUUUCAUUGAACCAGCUAAAAUAGGUGAAAAGCAGUUUUUAACCCUUUAUAGGGCAGUCAUUGAACUAAUUAGCUGCCAUUGGCGGUGCUAGACAUCCCAUCCAUUUUGACUGGGAGGACUCACAGCAAUCAAAUUAAGUUAAAAGACAAAUAAAUAAAUAUAGAAAUAUAAAUAUAUAAAAUUAAAAUAAAUAUAGAAAAUCAAGUUGUCAAUUAAAAUAAAUGUGAAAAUCCUAAAUUACAUUUACAAUUACAAUUACUGAUUAAAAAUAAUGAGAAAUAAAUAUAUACAACACAACGCUCAUGAAUAUAAUACAAAGAAUAUAACUUACAAGCGAUGUAUGUAUAAGGCACAAACAACAUGGUGAGAUGGCAAGAACUGCUGUGGUACACUGGCUGCAGCUCGCCGAUUUAGCUCUUUUUUUAUUCUCAAUGAGCUCACGAUGACACACAGGCAGGCAAUAGGUGGACAUGACAGCACUUCCAUUUGCAUAUUGGCCCAAAACCGAUAAUGAAAACGGAUCCAAUAUCAUUUUAAAAUGCUUUUAUCGGCCGAUAUUACAACUCUAAUUAUGUACUAAUCUAAUCCCCCAAAGCUUUUUAAUGUAUAUUUGUUAACUCAUUCACUGCUUACUAUAUCUAUAGUAGGCGUGUGCCAUCUUGGGCACCCCACGAUUGCGCACUUAUGGUCAGUUUUAGAGAUUCAAUUAAGACGUCAAUUUCCACCGCCAUCGUCUCUAAAAGUGUUGUAUUCUAACUGAAGAAUGGCUUAGAAGUCCUUUUGGGGAGACUUCACAAGUUGUAUGAACCAAUUCCUCGGAGAAUUAAGGGUGUAAUUGCCGCAAAAGGCGGACCUACACCAUACUAAAAUUAGUUUUUGUUGUUUUUUUAAGUUGUCUUCAUUAUUCUGUCCAAAACCUGUGUUACAUCAGUAGAAAGUGCUGGAACGUUUCAAAACUAAUUACACCUAAACACCAGCAGGCACACACAAUGUGGUAAGAUGGCAAGAACUGCUAUGGUACACUAGCUGCAGACGUUAGCUGGUUGAUUUAGCUCAUUUUUAUUUGCAAUGAGCUCACGUCGACUUAUGAUUACGUCAGCAGAAAGUGCUGGAACUUUUCAAAACUAAUUACACCUAAUGCCAGCAGGUGGUGUCAAAACACCGAAAACACAGGCAGGCACUAUGUGGACAUGAAAGCACUGCCAUUUGCAAUUGGACCAAAACCGAUAAUGAAAAACUGAUGAUUAUCCGAUAUCAUUUUAAAAUGCUUUUAUCGGCCGAUAUUAUCGGCUACCCGAUCAUAUCGGACAACUCUAAUUAUAAUUAUCAUUAAUUUAAUGUACUUAUCGAAUCACCCAAUGCUUUAUGAUGUACAUUUGUUGACUCGUUCACUGCCAGCUCAAGUAAAUGUGUAGUAUUUACAAAGUAUGUGCUCAUUUGCCCCUACCAGUCCAAAUGGAUUAGACGUCUAUCCCCGUCAAUGGCAUCAAUGAGUUAAAUACAGCUCAAUUUACAGCAUGUAUUGAAAAAGAUCCAAUCAAGUUGAUAUAUAUCUAUUUCCAGAAAAAAAAUUGUUUUGUUUUUUUUUUAAACGUAGAAACCUUUAGUAAAUCAGGACCUGAUUCCCUCGGUUGGCCUAGGAAUUCAACUGAAAGACCCGACCCUGGAUAACAACGAAAAAAUGGAUACAUCCACGCUAGUUUUUCCAGGAAUUCCCAGAAACGGCGCACAGCGUAUCACUAUCACCCCCUACCACCACCAUCGUCAUCUCACAUCCGCCGUGAUAGCAAAUGCACAGCAAAUCUUUGAAUUUACACACUGGCUAUUUAAUAAUGCACUUGGGCUUUCAACACAAAACCUAUGAAAAAUUCACCUUUCAUUGAAAUAUUGAUUUCCACCAACCAUAGCCUGAAAGUGUUAUUGUUGGAAAAUAGGCCUUCAUUCAAUAUUAAGCAGCAUAUGAUAUUGAAUAUGAAUUGGGCUGAUCUGAUUGGUUGUCACUGUGGACGCCUGCGGUGUUCGUUUGUCAAAUGUCAGUAAAACAACA